UGAAAACACAACUUUCUUUUUUGUUUUAUAAAGCUCUGACUUGUAUUAUGAGUAUGAGUCUGUGGUCUGGGAGAGAGUCCUGUAACCCUCUCUCUGCAAAAUACAUGUAACACCCGUCCCACGUUCUAUUGAGAGGGGCCCUGGGUUCCUGUUGUUACUUUCCUACUGAUACUCCCUUUUUAAUGCUUAUGAUAUAAACUAUGCAAUAAAACUACAUUAUAUGGAAAUAAACCACACACAAGCAGGUCAAUUAUAAAGUUAACUCCACUUUACACAGCAAAAACUGGAGUGUUAAAAUUUCAGGGUUAAACAUGUUAGAGUUGAUUUCCACUCUCAAAGUGUCAUUUUAACACAUUCUGAUUCAAAUAGUGUUCAGUGUUGGAGUUAUUAAACAGUGUUAUUCAAGUCCAAGCAAAUGAACUCUGAAGAGAGUUAUUUACCUUGGUAGGCCCCUGGGCUUCUGCCCAGGUAAACCCGUGGAUCAAUUAAUAGUUUGCUCUGCCGGGCCGAUUUUCCAUGUGCUUCUGCUGGUUACACCGUGGUGGAUGCCUGCCGUGUUGCUGCUUGGAGUAUUUUACACAAACGGUAAGUAAUUCAAACUUAUAUAAAAUUCACGGUAUUCUAUCGGUGCAGUGAGGUUUUCUUGAUGUUUCUUGGUGUUCGGUUGCUGAAAACGAGCUUUAAUAGAGGAGGAGAUGUGUCGAAAAUUCUAUUUAGCCUUUAAUGCUAAUGUUAAUGUUGCAGUCUUUUUACUCGUGAGUGACGGUAGACACUGCACGUGGAAGCGCCGCGCCACGUUCAGCUUUUCCCCUGUUCACACAGACACGCCUUUCUCCACGCCAGUUCAUGAGCGUUUUUGCUCCUCUGUUUAUUCAGAGCAAUUUUUUCACAAUUGAUAAGUAAAUAACAUCCCAAAAUAAUUGAAGAGAGCUUGUUUUAGUCACUCCUGCUUUUACUUUGACAUCGUUCAUCGUUGACUUGUCUCCAAUCUGUCUCUCUGUCUCUCUCUCUUCUCCCUUUGAGACACCCGCCCCAAACAUAGUCAGUUAGGCUGUCCCCUCCUUUACGAUGUGUUUAUUUUCAUCUCUAUUGUCUCUUUUCAUACACGAAUCUGAUCGCAUUUGUCAAUCGCAGUAUUUUAUUUUGGAGAAUAGCUUUUAUCUUCAAAAUUGCCUGGAUUGUCUUGUGUGUCUUGGUGUAACUUCCUGCAGAACAUGCGUGGCCCACGCAAAAAAUAGACCAGAUACCGAAACAAUCACUUCGUAGCACUCCGUGUCUGGUGUAAACUACACCAUAGAUUAACAUGUAUUUUGUAUUGUGUUGUGUAUCAAUUGGACUCCUGCAUGGACAGACACAGGUUUAUUUGAUAACAUUAAAUGUUAUUGCAGUGAAAUUCAAACGCAUGGUCAGUACUAAUCACCAUGUACGGUAUAUGUCAGUGUUUAAAUCAUUUUUGCUUGAAUUGCUCUAAAUGUCAAAUACUUACUAGUAUGCCAUUUUUGUUAUUAUUUUGUCUCAGUAAAAUGCUGCUCCAGGUUCGAUACUGCCAACAGCAGAAGUAUGUGAAGUUGGAAGAGGUUGAUGGGCGGUUUGAGUUUAUGCAGUUUCAUGAAAAAGUCAUCGAGAGAUUUUGCCUGCCACCUGAUGCAAAAGUAGUGUACAAAGAUGCAACAGGGACAGAAGUUGAUGAAGUGAUUUUCAGUGACCUUAUCAGCCAAGGCACUGUGGUCCUAACAGUUUUCUCAAGUGAUGAAUUUUCUGAUUGCUCCUUGUCUUCUGCAUCUGAUUGUUCUGACUCAAGCUUCAGCUCAAAUGCAAGUACAUCAACUAUACUUCUAGAUGAGGGUCCCAGGAAGAAAACAAGAGUUGAGGGUACUGUUGAUGCAGCAUCUGCUAAAAAGUUAAUUGAAGGUGUACUUGGAACCAAUUCAGGUGGUGAAGAGGUUCUCCAGGAAUAUCACACAACACAAACUCUAACAGAUGCUACCAGAAGAAAAAUGGUCAAUAUAAUAGUGGCUCACAUGAUUGAUUGCCAUGGGUAUGUGUUCUAUUUGUGCAUUUUAUUUUUUUUUAAAAUACAAGUUACUAUUUUGCCAUUACUUAAGCAUGCUAAUUUAAAAUCGUUUUUCAGGCACCUCCCCACCAAAGCUGUUAGAGAACAGUACGCGCUAGGGAUAGUGACAUUGUUCCCAUCCCUGAAAGACCCAUACUCCAAGAAAGGCUAUGAACACUUCUAUGAUGCUGCAAGCAGCACUGGAUACAUUUCUUGGCGUUUGAAAACGAUACAGAGAAAGACUAGAAGAGGAUCUGCACCACCAAGUAGCUCCACUGGCUUUGCUCAAGAAGGAGGGGGCCCAAAUUCCCAGAGGCCCAUUAAUGUCGACAUGCAGCUUGAUGGAGAUGCUUGCCAGGAGGCCAUCUCUUUGCUGGACCAUACAUCCGACACUUCCUUGAUUUUCCAGAAGAUGAGAGAGACCUUUCAGCAUCGUCAGAAGCUCAUCAAUGAUCCUGACAAAAGUCUUGAUAUCCUGUCUAUCUUCCCAAGAUUCUUGGAUACAAAAGGAUUGGUGAAUCAAGACUUCACUCUCCUGUUUGAUGAUGAGAUAUCUACCAGGCUGCUUCAGAAAUGGGAUCCAAUCUUUAGGUAUCAAAUCAUCAAAGAGGCCAAGCAGCUCACCUCAACAGUAGAGUUGCGUCAAUUGGUGCAGUCAGCAGAGAGUCCACCAGGAAGUGAUCUUGAUGAGGCAGCAACCUUUGACCAAGACAUGGCCUCCCUGUUGUUACUGUUACAUCUCCUUCCGCCACCUCCAGGAGGACCAAAGUAUCAAAAAAUCAGCGCCUCUGAUGCUGUUGAGAGACUUGUAGUCUUUCAUAAGUCCUGCUGCAGUUUGGAAGAGCAUCUCCAGAAUCAGCAGAGUCAGCAGCCAUACCUCCUGGCUGUUGGGCGCCAGAAGAGGAAGGUCGACAGCUUCUAGGAAAUUCUUCUCACAACCCAAGUAAAAAUCAUUAAAAUGCUGACAUGUUUUUUGUGUAAGAGAGCUUAUCCCAGCAGUCAGCAGCUGAUUUCACAUUUAAGAGGUGAACAUGGUUAUUAUCCUGGACCUAAGUUUAAGUUAUUUUGUUGGCAGCCAGGCUGCAGGCUUCAGUUCCAAACUUAUGCAGGCUUUAGGAAGCACCUCAGUAGUUUUCACAGCAAUGUUGACCAAAAUGAUCGAACUUCAGCCAUUGCUUGUUUUUCUAAUGACACAGUUUCACCUGCUUUGGAGGACCAGUUUAAUUCCUCAAAUCUUCCUCACAGUUCUCCCAGUGUUCUUCCAGAGUCUAGUUCUUCCAGUGUUCCAGUGAGCAUUGAUUCAGUACUUACAAGGGAUUCAUCCAAAGAAAUGUGUGCAUCCAUUGUGGCCAAACUGCAGGGUAGUGGCCUUUCUAACAGUUUAGUAUCCUCACUUGUAGGCGAUUUGGAGGAAUUAACAAGUGAGCUUCACGCAGAAGCAAAGCAGGCCAUUCUUUCUGCGUUACCCACAAAGGACUCCAGCAUAUCUUUAAUAAAUGAAUGUUUUGAAAAUUUUGAAAACCCUUUCACCAAUCUGAACACAGAAUGGAAACGAAAUAAAUACUUCAAUCUAAAACGGGGAGUUGUAGAACCUAGAGAAAUAACACUUGGAGUGAGGUAUGACAUCAGGCGAAAUCAGAAGUCUGGUACUUAUGAUCAAGUACCUGUGAAGGAUACUUUUAUAUAUGUACCUAUUUUGGAGUCUUUGAAGUUCAUGUUUAGAAAUCCAGAGAUUUGUGUUUUCCUGCAGAGAGAGUGUAGCUCAGAGCCUGAUGCUUAUCAUGACUUUUGUGAUGGAAGUUACUUUAAAACUCACCCUUUGUUUUCAGCCAAAAGGCAUGCAUUACAAAUUCAGCUAUACUAUGAUGAUUUUGAAACAGCCAAUCCUCUUGGCUCUAAACGCGGAAUUCACAAAAUUGGCUGUAUUUAUUUUGUUAUAAGAAACUUGCCCCCAAAAUUUAAUUCCAUUUUGAUGAACAUUCAUUUAGUGUCACUUUUCCACACACCAGAUCUGCAAAAGUAUGGUUUUGAUGUUAUACUGGAACCACUGAUAAAUGAUGUCAAAAAACUGGAAAGCCAAGGGCUAAGUCUUCCAUUUUCUGAUGAGCAGGCAUAUGGCACAAUAUCACAGAUCACUGGAGAUAACCUAGGGAUGCACUCAAUUCUUGGUUUUAAUGAGUCGUUCAGUAGCCAUCAUUUCUGUCGCCUUUGUUUGAUUGAGAAGAAUGAUUGUCAAAUGGUGUACAGUGAGGAUGAUCCUAAAAUUAUUCUUCAUGGGAAAGAUUUGUUUGACAUACAUUGCCAGUCUCUUCGGGAAAAUCCUAAAUUGAAGUCACUGUAUGGGUUGAAAAGAAAUUCUGCACUCAAUUCAUUGCAGUAUUACCAUAUUUGCAAUAACUACUCAUUUGAUAUAAUGCAUGACCUUCUUGAAGGUGUGGCUCAGUAUGAGGUCAAAUUGCUUUUUGAGUAUCUUACGCAACACUUCAUAUCAGAACAGAACUUGCUUUCUAGGAUUUAUGGUUUUGACUAUGGAUUUUUAGAAAGAAAAAACCGGCCCACUAAAAUCAUAUUGGACAGUGCUGGCAAUAGCAUUGGUUUGAACUCUAUCCAGACAUUCUGUCUUGUGAAAAACAUCCCACUUUUGUUUGGUGACAUUAUUCCUGCAGGGAACAGACACUGGAAUUUGUUAUUGUUGUUACUUCAAAUAAUGAACAUUGUUUUUUCCCCUUGUCUCACUCUGGGAAUGACUAUAUAUUUGAAGAAUUUGAUUAUUGACCACCACAAACUAUUUAAGCACACGUAUCCACACAGAAACUUGAUUCCUAAGCAUCAUUUUAUGAUUCAUUACCCAUCCUCUAUUCGAAAAAUUGGCCCUUUACUGUAUAUGUGGAGUAUGAGGUUUGAAGCUAAGCACAAGUUGUUCAAAGAUUAUUUCAAAAAUUUCAAAAACCUCACCAAAUCGCUUGCUAAACGGCAUCAGAUGGCCAUUGCUUAUCACUGGGAAACCUUUUCUCUUAAACAGAAAGAGUUUGGGCCAAUUAAAUCAUUUUCUUUAAGAGAUGAAAGUGUGGUCAAUAGUGAAAUGCUAUUAUCAAAAGAUAUUUUCUCAACAAGUUGGGUUAAAAUUGAUGGUGUAGAGUACAAAGCUGGACUCGUUGUUUGCAGUACAAUGGAGGAAGACAUGCCAGUCUUUGGUCAAAUAAUUGAUACACUUAUGGUUGAAAAUGACAUUUUUUUGUUGACACACAAACUCUUUACUGAAAACUUUGAUGAACAUCACCAUGCAUUCAAAGUAGUACAAACUGAAGAACGGUGUGUCAUAAAAAUAACUGAACUCAAAUGUCACAGACCAUUUGAUAUUCAAAACUCAUACAGUGCUGCAGAUGAAAGUUUGUACAUUAUAUCUUCAUUUAUUAUGUUUUGAUUCACUUUUGUAAUUGUUGUCGUUAAAAAGUUAUGUUAAUCUAUUACAUAAGUAGUUCUUUUAGGGAUUAAAACUACUUUAAUAAGAGUAAAGAGUUAAAGUAGUGUUAUUUUUCAAUCUGUGUAGUGUUAAUUUAACCCAGUUUGGUGAGUUAAAAUUAACUCAGACAUGGUGUUAAUAAUAAUUUGCUCAGUGUUAAUUUAACCCAGUUUUAAGAGUUAAAGAAGGAACUCUGACAAAAUAAUUAACUAUUUUGAAAAUGUUAAUUCAACUCUGUAGAGUGUGGAGCUAUAUAAACCCUGAAAAAUUUUUUAAAAUCAACUCUGUGGGAGUUGAUUCAACACUACAGUUUUUUCUGUGUAGUGAAUGAGUAAUUAACAACACAAAAGAAAAUAAGUAAAAUUAAUAAAGUUUGUUAAACAAUGGUAAGGUAUCUACCUGAACAGAAACAAAAUAAUCAAAUAAUAUUGUGGGCCCACACGCACUCUCACCGACACACACACACACCUCAAGUGCUACAGUCUUUCUGCUAGCAACCCCUCGUUGCAGGCCUGAGUCGUGGCUCGGGUGCGUUGGGACCUAAAACAAUAUGGUCGCUUCACUUGUUGCCAAGCAGUAAAAUAAAAAGCACGUGC